GGGGCUGUGAGGGGAAUGGAGGGAACAGGGCUGUGAGAAGAACAGGGUGGAUCAGGACUGUGAGGGUGGCACCGAGGGAAGAGGGACUGAAGGGAAUGCUGCGAGGACCCAGCCAGCUGCGGGGAGCACGGAGGGAGCAGGUGGCCGGCCUGGGUAACUAUGGGCUGCGAGGCACACGGCACAGCGUGGGCAUGGAGGUGCUGGACCAGCUGGCCCGGCAGCUGGCGGUGGCCGAGGGCUGGCGAGUGGACAAGCGGUGCUGUGCUGAUGUAGCCCUGGCCACAGCCCACGGCCUGGAGCUGGUGCUGCUCAAGCCACGGAGGUUCAUGAACCUCAAUGGGCUCAGCGUUGCCAGUGCUGCUGAGCUCUACAGCCUUGGCCCUGGAGACAUUUACCUGGUUCACGACGACCUGGACAAGGCCCUGGGCAAGGUGGCAAUCAAGCUGGGAGGCAGUGCAAGGGGACACAACGGGGUCCAAUCCUGCAUCAGUGCUCUGCAGUCCAACGAGAUGACCCGGCUCAGGAUCGGCAUCGGGCGGCCAGAGGGUGAUGUGACAGUGCCCACCUAUGUCCUGUCUCCGUUCAGUGCUGGGGAGCGAGAGAAGCUGGAGCAGAUCCUGGCCCAGGCAGUGACCUGUCUGCUGGAGCACAUCCAGAGCCGAGUGCCUGCAGAGCCAGGGGACAGGGGCUGACACAAACCCCCAGGGACCCUUGUGGCUGAUGGACAGGGUGCUGCAGGCACUCUGGAGCGACUGUGGUGCGGAGCAGAGCUGGCCCAGCUGGGCAGCCUGGCUGGGAGCUGGGGCAGCCUCCUUCCAUCCCCACACCAAUCCAGGCAGCUUGUGUCCCGCUGGAAUCCCUGCAGAGGCUCCAUGCCUCAGUUUGGCACAGAAAUUAAAUAAACCCUCACCCUGGCUCUGCCCUGCUCCCGCCUCUCUUCCAUGCGCCGCUUGCCAAGCUUGGGUUAUCCUUGGCACGGCAGCUCAAAUCCGUGUUCCCAUCCCUGUUCGACCAGCACAGUCUGGAGGGAGGCUUCUAGUGAGAAAUGGGGAGCAAUAG